AUGAAAAAAGAACACUGCUACACCUUCAUUGUAAAUGAGUGGAUUGACAUCACUGCCGCCAACAUUCCCGAAUCACCCAAGAGAUCCAGUCAGAAGAGCUGGUCGUCUUAUGAUAGGAAUUAUCUUCAUCCUUACCUCAGUGUCCGCCAGCCUCAUAUUAACAGUAUUCUCAGAAGGAGAAAAUCCUACACAGUCUGGUACUGUUCAAAAGACGAGGAGAAAAUCAAAGUGGAUGGGUUUUCAUGCAGAAACGCUCAAUAUGCAACUCUAAUAAAAAAGAACGAUGAAAUCUUCUCUGGGGAACUGACCUAUCUCAGUUACAACAGCAGUAAUUUAAUUGGAGUCAAAAGCUGCUCAUUGCUACAGUAUAUUGCUCUACAAUUCAUGCAGCAACCCCUGAUCCCAGUCCAGUUACGAAGGGACAAGCCGGCAGUGAGCGUGAACAUCGGCUGGCGCUUUAGAUUCAUACUAUUUUACCUUCUGGUUGUUUUACAAAGUGUGUUUGUCAGUGUGUUGUUAUCGGACCACCUCAGUCCUAACCGCAUCAGAAGAUGGGUUACCAUUGUUGUUAUGUCAAACAUAAUUUACACUGUCAUCUAUUUGCCUCUCAAGAUACUCAUCACGUCACUUGUGCUAUCACUGUCUUUUGAUCGCAUCAUAUACAAAGACUUCUACAUACAUGAUCCAGCAGACUGUCACAAAACACAUCUCUUUGGAAACGUUGAACAUCUAACAAAUGUAAUCGAAGAACGCAUGAAACCUGAAUAUAAACCUAUGAAUGAUUCCGUUCAUAAGAUGUACCAAGAAAAAAAGUUGAGAAUUAUUAAAUGGAGGGCCACAAUGGAUUUCGUGUUUUUUAUUCUGUUUGUAAUUGUUCUUUGUAAGAUAUUGAACAAAGACAAUCUCCUCCCGUAUUUUACCAAUGAUCACUUACGUUCUAUGUUAGGAGCUUCGGGUGAUAAAAAUCUCCCAAGUUUCAAUGCUGUCUACAAUUUGACACAAUUUGACAAAUUCCUCAAGCAAUCGUUUAGUUUAUCUCUGUCCAAGUUUUUCUGGUACAACAAGAAACAAAUUCAAGAAGGUAGAAGAAACCAAGAAAAGAAGGAUUGGUGUUCUGACAACACUCACCGAAUGCUAAGAAGUCCGCACUUCACUCUGUCAAGGGUUAAACCUGGCCGUUGCCAAGUGCCUGGGGUGAUGCAGACUGUGUCUGGAGCUCUAGAAUGUGCUGCUCCAUGGGACCGUACUGCUGAAGACACACAAGUCUACAAACCUUACUGGACACUUCCAGAACACCUGGAUAACACUUCCUACUGGAACCCAGGCAACUGGUCCUACACUCACUAUAGUAACUAUAAUCACUGUGGAAGGUCUGGGCGCUGUUACCCGAGUGGAGGCUACAACAGAAGUCUGUGGAGCGAGGCUAGAGUGGUAUUGAGUGUGCGAGACGAAGGAUGGAUGGAUCACUUCACUCGAGCGCUGCUAAUUCACCUCACUCUUUGUAAUGUCAACACUCGACGCAUCGUGCCCGUCACUCUGGUGGCUGAACAAUCUGUCACUGGAGAGUUUCUUAAUGUUAUCGUGGUAAGGAUUAUGAUAAUUUGUAUAAAUCAUUGUAUAAAUUUGUAUAAAUCAUUCGUAACAUAAAAUUGUAGAAUCUUGAUAAUUCAAAAUUGAUGAGCCAAGCAUAUAAAUUUUAAUUACCAAGAGGUUUGACUCAUGAGCGGGAAAAUAAUUCAUUCAAUCACGAAGAGUUUAUGUUUUAAAUACUGUAUUAUGAAAGGUAC